AUGUAUUGCACGACUCGGCAAGCAUUCGCUCGAUGCCCGUUCGAAGCUUCGCAUCCAUCAUCGACCUUCGGUCCGAUUGAUCGAUCAACCGACCGAACUGGCAAAUUCUCCAGCUCGAUCUCGCCCCCUGUCCGUGCUCACCCCAUCACCAAGACGUGCGAAGUAACAACCCGCUCGCCCAUCGCGAUGGCGACCGCCUCAACCGUCGACCUUCAACUCGAUCGACAUGGACUCACGGUCAUCAACUGA